AUGGCUCCUUACAAACGAAGUGCGGCUGGUGCUGCUGCAGGUGUUUCGAUUAGCCUUGUUAUGCUCGGCCUUAUGUUUCUUAUUACUGUUCUCCCGUUUCUUGUGCUCUUCGGUGUUCUUCUCUACAUGUACAAGCAGUACAGAAAGAUGAGAGAGGAAAAGGAGUAUGUCAUGCUACUUCAACAAAACUAUAUGAUCAACAACAAAGCCAAGUUCUAAUGAAAAGUUCUAAUCAUCUACUACUACUACAGACGAUAAACAACAAAAGAAGUAAAGAAAUUAGAAGUG